AUGUAUGAUGAAAAGGUAAAGUCAGUUAAUAUUCCCUUGGAAACGGUAUCACAGAACAUAGUAGCGGCUGAUGGAACUCCAUUAAAAGUAAAGGGACGAGGUAACUUCUUAAUUAAGUUAGGAGACCACGAGUUUGACUGCCAAGCUGUCAUGGCAAACAUUAAAACAGAUGGAAUUCUAGGUUUGGAUUUCCUUCAAUCAAGUCAAUGUUUAGUGGAUAUAGCUCGUACUAAAAUGUUUGCAUCUGGCGUUGAACAUGAUCUGCAUUUACAGGGGCAAAUAGGUUGCUUUCGUGUUAGUCUGGAGGAAAAUAUAACAAUUCCUUCUAGAAGUGAGAUGAUUUGUUCUGGACAGUUGUUAUCAUCUCCAGGAAUAAAAGUACAAGGACCUCUACUUAUAGAGCCUAUCAAAAAGUUUGAUACCGGCGGUAAAGCGCUAAUAGCUAGAACCUUGGUUGAUCCAGCUAAAAAUGUCACAGUGCGUUUAAUGAAUAUAUCAGAACAGAUUCAAACAAUUUACAAAAAUACAGUUGUCGGGGUGACUUCGCCAGUGGACGUAGUUAAAUCUGAGGAUGAAAAUAUGGUUAGCACAGUAACGCUAAAUGAAAAGGUAGAAAACAUCCCAGAUCAUUUAAAUGAGUUGUACACAGAAACAACUAAGGGCCUCACAGCAGAAAAGGCAUCCAAAAUUAAAACAUCUUUAAUAAAGUUUCAACACCUAUUCUCUAAGACCAAAGAUGAUUUUGGUAGAACCUCGUUAAUAAAGCAUAAGAUCAAUACAGAAGGUGCCAGACCAACCAAGCAGCCUCCUAGGAGAUUGCCACAUCAUACGGCAGAAUUUGUUGACAAGGAAGUAGAAAAUAUGAUCAGAAAAGGCAUUGUCGAACCUUCUUCCAGUCCUUGGGCUGCCGGGGUGGUUCUAGUGGAAAAGAAAGAUGGUACCAAGAGAUUCUGUGUAGACUAUAGAUCUCUCAAUAGAUGCCUAUCCUUUGCCACGAAUGGAUGA